AUGCCCUACCCUGAUCCAGAUGAAGCCAACCUCGUAUCAAGCACACAAGCAUCCAUUGCCAAAGAACCAGGUGCUUCAUCACCAGCAAGCCCAUCAUCCAGCACGCCAUCAUUCACCAUCAAAACCGACGGUGACAAGGAAACCUUCCUUAGGGAUAUCAUGGACAAGGACGACUCCUCCGAUGACUUGAUGGAUGAUGAGUACUACAUGUUUGCCGGUGAAUGUUCCGCGGACAUGGACAUUGACGGACCAACAGAUGCAGCUCUGGCAGGCGAUAGCAUUGACCCAUUGGACAUCGUCUACUCAAAUAUUCCAGACAGAACACAUAUCCUGAAGCACGCUGCGAACUGCGAUCACUGCGGGGCCAAGAAGUUUGAGUAUGAGACCAAAGGAUUUUGCUGUCGGAAUGGGCAGAUACAGCUGGCAGACCCAGAUCCAGAGCCCAUUCCGGAGCUUAUGAGGCUUUGGUCUAGCGCUGAUGCGGACUCACGUCAUUUUCGAGACAGCAUUAGGUUCUUCAACGGUCACUUCUCCUUCACAACACUCGGCGUCAGCCUUGACAACAACUACACAAACAUGAGGUCCGGGGUGUACACGUUUCGGGCGCACGGAACGAUGUACCAUAAUGUGCAUUCUUUCGGGGUUGGUUCGAAACCCGAACAUCUACAACUCUACUUCUAUGAUGACGACCCCAAUCUAAGCCACCGCAAUGAGGCUACCAAGAACCUGGACCAAGAUGUAGUCAAAAAGGUGGCCAACAUCAUGAGAGGAAACCCCUACUCCCAGACGUUUAGGAGUCUAGGUGACCAUGCGGGCAGCCUCGCGGAAUACCGCAUCGACUUGAACACCGACAAGAAGCUAGAUCAACGGACAUACAACACUCCAAUUGCAUCAGAGGUGGCAGCUAUCUGGGUGGAGGGCACCGACCUGGCGAGGAGGUUCGAACGCAGCAUCACUUUGUACGGAGACAACGACGAGAGGUACGGCAUACAGGCUACACAUGGCUGCUACGACCCACUCUCAUACCCCCUCUUCUUCCCAAAGGGGCAGCUUGGGUGGCAUCCCAACAUCCCCAAACGAGGUGUGAAUUGGGAGUUAGGACAACAGUCAAGAGACGACGACGAUUCAGAAGAGACGGGUAACCGUCUGUGCGUAUCUGUCAGGGACUACUAUUGCUACAGGUUACAGACGCGUCCUGCAAUAUUCAACCCGAUACUACACGGAGCACGCCUAUUCCAGCAGUACGCAGUCGACAUGUACAUAAAGAUCGAGGGCACCAGGUUGAAUUGGUUCCGAGAACACCAGCCACAAAUUCGAGCUGAACUAUACAAAGGCGUCGUUGAUAGCAUAGCGGCAGGGGAGACUCGAGCGAGCGAGGUUGGUAAAAGGACGGUGCUCCCAUGGUCAUUCCAAGGAGGGGACAGAUGUAUGAAGAGGAGGCACAUGGAUGCAAUGGCCUUGGUGCAGAAGUACGGCAAGCCAGACAUCUUCCUAACGAUGACCUGCAACCCCAAUUGGGAGGAGAUAAUCAACGAGCUGUUCCCCGGCCAGACUCCUCAGGACAGACCGGACCUCGUCGUACGGGUAUUCAAAGCUAAGCUUCAAGCCAUGAAAGACAUGCUUUUCAAAGAACACAUCCUCGGCGUUGUCAUAGCAUAUGUUUACGUGGUCGAGUUCCAAAAGAGAGGCCUCCCACAUGCCCACUUCCUUCUUAUCAUGGAUUCUAAAUACAAGUUGACGAUGCCGGAGCAAUAUGACUGUCUAAUCUCGGCCGAGCUCCCGGACAAGAAUAAGUACCCAGAACUUUACACCAUGGUCGUCAAGCACAUGAUGCACGGUCCGUGUGGUGUUCUUAAGCCAAACAACAUAUGCAUGAAGGACGGGUUGUGUAAGAACCGCUACCCAAGGCCGUUCAACAGUACCACCAUCCAGGGGAAGGACUCUUAUCCUGUGUAUCAUCGACGGGACAACGGUCACAACGCUCAUGUCCGAGGUCAGACGCUAGAUAACAGAUGGGUCGUGCCGUACAACCCUUACCUCCUCCGUAUGUUCAACUGCCACAUUAACGUCGAGGUGUGCUCCAGCAUCAAGGCAGUGAAGUAUAUUUACAAGUACAUCUACAAGGGAGGAGAUCAAACGUCGAUGAAUUUUGAGCAGCCUGACAACAACGGCAACAUCGACGAGAUCAAGAGAUAUAUUGAUGCGAGGUGGAUUACUCCACCAGAAGCUUUGUGGAGGAUCUUUGGCUUCAACCUCUACGAUAACUCGCCGUCGGUCCUACAGCUGCCGCUUCAUCUUCCAGGUAUGCAUAUGGUAUCGUUCAACGCGAAAGAUGACCUUAGAGACAUAGCCACUCGGGAGAAAGCAUCAAAAUCCAUGCUAACAGAGUACUUUGAGGCCAACAAAAAAUACGAGAAGGCAGGAACCAUACUAUACAAGGAAUUUCCAGAAUGGUUUACAUGGCAGGCAGGAGAUAAAUAUUGGAAGGAAAGGAAAAUACGGCCCCAAGUAGGCCGAAUCGUGUCAACCCAUCCUGCAGAGGGAGAUAGAUACUAUCUGAGGGUGCUGCUUAAGCAUGUUGCAGGCUCUACUUCAUUCGAAAACAUGCGAACGGUUGAAGGAAACCUAUGUGAAACAUUUCGGGAGGCUGCGGAAAAGAGGGGUCUUAUUGAGGCCGACAACGCACUCGACGAGUGCCUAACGGAGGCGGAGCAAUUCGCGAUGCCAUCAUCACUCCGAAGGCUCUUCGCAACAAUAUUGGUAUUCUGCGAGCCCAGCGAUCCGCGCGGUCUUUGGGAUAGGCACCUCGAAGGAAUGUCAGAUGACCAUAGACGAUCGAUCACUUGCCCAAUCGCAGUGGAGCAAAAGGUGUUGCUUGACAUCAGAAGCAUGCUGCAGUCCAUGGGCAAAGAAAUAACGUCUUUCCCUCUUCCAAAAAUGGACGAAACAUACGACGACACUGGAGGCGAGGCUAGGGAAAUCAUCGAGGAGUCCAGUAUCGCGGUCGACAUUGAGGACGCUUCUCUGGCGUCCUCCCUUAACCCUGAGCGGAGGUCUGCAUACGAUGAGAUACUUGCGGCUGUUGACAGCGGCACCGGAGGAGUGUUUUUUGUCGACGGGCCAGGAGGCACCGGGAAGACAUUCAUGUAUAGGGCCUUGCUCGCUAAGCUCAGAGGUGAGGAGAAGAUAGCAGUGGCGACGGCAACAGCAGGUAUCGCUGCUUCAAUCAUGCCAGGAGGCCGGACCGCCCACUCGAGAUUCAAGAUACCCCUUAACAUAGUAGAUGGCGCUUCAUGCAACUUCACAAAACAGAGUGGGACAGCCAAGCUGCUGAGGAUGGCUUCGCUUAUAAUAUGGGAUGAGGCCACGAUGACCAAGCGUCAGGCGAUCGAGGCACUAGACAAUAGCAUGCGCGACAUCAUGGGCCGACGAGACCGUCCAUUCGGGGGGAAGACCGUCGUGUUCGGCGGCGACUUCAGGCAAGUGCUUCCGGUCGUGAGGAAGGGCACACGAGGACAGAUAAUCGACGCGAGUCUACGCAGUUCAUACCUAUGGGAGAGGACGCGCCAUCUCAAACUCGUGACAAACAUGAGGGCGCAUAGCGACCCGUGGUUCGCCGACUUCUUAUUGCGUGUCGGCAAUGGCACCGAGGAGGCCGAUGGAGAAGGAAACAUACGGCUUCCAGAAGAUGUGUGUGUGACAUCUACUGACAAGGAGAGUGACAUAGAGAGGUUGAUCGACCAUGUGUUCCCAGCUUUGAACACCAGCAUGACCGACCCGAACUAUAUUACUUCUAGAGCUAUCCUCACGACGAAGAACGACAACGUCGACAAUAUAAACAUGCGAAUGAUAGAGCGUUUCAAUGGAGAGGAAAGGAUCUACCAUAGCUUCGACAGUGCGGAGGAUGAUCCACACGGUUACUACCCUCCCGAGUUCUUGAACACACUUACCCCGAACGGGCUGCCUCCACACGUUCUCAAAUUGAAGAUCAACUGCCCUGUUAUACUCCUAAGGAAUAUUGACCCGGCUAACGGAUUGUGUAACGGCACGAGGCUCAUAGUACGUGGAUUCCAAAAAAAUGCAAUUGAUGCCGAGAUCGUGCUAGGACAACAAGCUGGGAAGAGGGUGUUCCUUCCUAGGAUUCCACUCUGCCCAUCCGAUGAUGAAAUGUUCCCAUUCCGUUUCAAGAGGAAGCAGUUCCCGGUAAGGCUGAGCUUCGCAAUGACAAUCAACAAGGCACAAGGCCAGACUAUCCCAAUUGUCAGCGUGUACCUACCGGAACCGGUUUUCUCCCACGGCCAGUUGUAUGUGGCCUUGUCGAGGGCAACAGCAAGAAGGAAUAUAAAAAUCCUAGCCGUGAAGAAUGAUGAGAAUGCAAAAAAGUCACAGAAAAGUAAACCAAAGAAACAAAAGACAACCUUGGUAUCUACCACGAAGAACAUCGUGUAUAAAGAAGUUCUCAACGCAUGA